GCAAACCUGAUGAUCAAUUUUUGACUAGAUGUCCUCCCAAACAGUCAUGUUUAGAUUCGGUGAAUACACCUUAUAGUACUAUUACUACAACCCAUUUACCCAUGUCUGUUGCCGAGCAGUCAAGUGAAAUUGAGAUCGGUGGAUUGUCUGGUGAAUCCCGACAAGAUAAUGUGUUGAAAAAAACAUGCUGUAAAACUGAGCUUUUAGAGAAAUAUUUUAGAUCUGGUUUGCGAUUAUGCCCUGAAGAACUUCUUGUGUAUUUGUUGAUGAAAAUCCAAUUUAAAACAUCCACAUUCACCAGGCAUCAUUCAAUAUCGCAGUACAAGAGGAUUACUGAAGCUAUCUCAAAAAUAUCUGGUGUCGAGUUUGAAGCGACUGCUAAUCGCUGUUUCUUUCCAAGAAUUUCAUGCAAUGAAUUAAAAUCGACUGUCACUAAAGAAAAUGGGAAGGUGAGAUAGAGCUGUUUCAGCAAAAAAGUGGAUGAAUUACUCCAUGUUUCUGGGAUGGAACUAGAAAGAAUGACUCAAACUACAGUAGCAAUACAAGAAGAUGUAAUCGUCCAGAUAAGUGAUCAGCUGAAACGAAUAUGUUCCAUGGAGAAAGAAAGUUUAGAGAAGAUCUCUGCAGAAACCUUUGUUGAUCAAUUCAAUAACAUCAUCAGACCACGUUUGUCAGAUUCGUCAAAAUGGAUACCAUGGUUCAAUACAGAAAAUGGAGAUAUCUGUUUGUUUAGUUUUGGUGCAUCACCAGGUUACGCUGAGAAAGAGGUGCGAUUGUCUACAACGUUCAAAUGGAAACUGUAUUUAAAAGCGACCGAAAGAGACGUGUCUAACUGCGACGUAUUAUCCUCACUCCCAAGAAAUAUAGGAACAGUAGAACUUUUGGUACAGCUACUCAGCACAAUUGAUAACUGCAAGAUAUGUGAUAGAUGUUGGGAAACGGAGAAGUAUCAUUCGCUAAUUGGCGAUUCCUGUGACGAACUGUAUAAAACAAAAGAUGGAAAAAAAUGCUGUUCCAAUAGAAAAAGAUAA